AUGUCUGCCCCCCAGGAGAACAACACCGCUGACGCCGCCGUCAACGACGUGACUGCCGCUCUGUCCAACACUGCCAUUACUGAGAAGCCUACCGAUGCCAACGCCCCCAGCCCCGCUGAGGGUUGCCGCCUCUACAUCGGAAACCUGGCCUACGCGACAACCGAGGAGGGGUUGAAGGAGUUCUUCAAGGGCUACCUUGUCGAGGGAGUCACCAUCCCUAAGAACCCAAGAACCGAGCGCUCUGUGGGCUACGCCUUUGUCGACCUCUCCACUCCCACCGAGGCCGAGCGGGCCAUUGCCGAGCUCUCUGGCAAAGAGAUCCUGGAGCGCAAGGUCUCUGUCCAGCUUGCUCGCAAGCCCGAGGCCAAUGCCGAGAAGACCGAUGCCAACGGAGAGGGCGAGGGCAACCGUCGCCGCCAGUCGACCCGUGGCCGUGGCCGUGGCGCCCGCGCCCGCGGCGGACGGGCUGGCCGUGCCCGCGAGGACAAGAAGGAGGAGGGCGCCGAGAGCGCCGCUGCGGCCCCCGCAGAUGCCGCAGCAGACACCGAGGUUCAACCUUUGCAAGACAUCACCAACAAGACCAACAACACUGACCCUGAUGGCAAGGCCAAGACCCAGGCUCGCCCUGCGCGUGAGCGGCGCGAACGCGGCCCUCCCGCCGAUGGCAUCGCCUCCAAGACCAAGGUCAUGGUGGCUAACCUACCCUACGACCUGACUGAGGAGAAGCUCAAGGAGCUCUUUAGCGCCUACCAGCCUUCUUCCGCCAAGAUCGCCCUGCGACCUAUUCCCCGCUUCAUGAUCAAGAAGCUUCAGGCACGCGGUGAGGCCCGCAAGGGUCGUGGUUUCGGUUUCGUCACACUGGCUUCGGAGGAGUUGCAGCAGCAGGCCGUCAACGAGAUGAACGGCAAGGAGAUCGAGGGACGAGAGAUCGCUGUCAAGGUCGCCAUUGACAGCCCCGACAAGACCGACGAGGAGGCCAACGCUCCUUCCACUGAGGGUGAGAACGGCGCCGAGCAGGCUGCCGCCCCCGCCGCCCCCGCCGCUGCUUAA